AUGAACGCUGAUUCCGAGGCGGAGAUGAUGGAUGCUUUCGUUGUUGACAAGCCCUCCACCGCCAGGGAUGAUUUCCUCUCCGCCGCUCGGAGGCUCGUCGAACAAGGCCAGCCAUCUCAAGCUCUCCAAGCGGUUGUGAUGGCAAUGAGAACCCAAGGAGGAGAUGAGGCGGUACUUCAUAUACUCAACCGUACCCGUGAACUUUACAAGCGCAGAAUCCAAGAAACAGCUAGUGUGGAUCAGCUGGCUUCUAUAUUUGCAGAGUGUGCUAUUACAGAGGCACAGCCUCUUGGGCGCGAGCCGACAUCAACAGACUUAUUUGGUACCAGGGAAAGAGUUACAACGGAUGCUCGUGGCGUAUCUAUUCUGGAAAAGAGCGGGAGGUCGCAGAUCAUGCUUGAUGCAUUUGCUGAUGGAAGCAGCUUUAUCUGUUUGCAAUGCGGUGGUCUGGUGAGCACACAUAGGAGAGAUGAACACUAUGCGUACUGGUGUAGCAAUAUGUGA